GGCGGACGGGGGGCGCGCGCGCGCGCCAUGUUCGCGGAGAUGAACCGCAGGACGCUGGCGUUCCGGGCUGGCGGCCUGGUCACCGCGGCGGCCGCAGCGGCGGGCGGGGGAGCCGCCGGGGGCGGCUCCUCGAACAAUAACACUGGGGGUAACCCGGCCGAGGCCUGGGCCCGGCAAGACCCCGAGCAGCUGAAUGGGCGGGGGGCGGACGAGGAAGUGGAGCUCGAGGGGCUGGAGGCCGAGGAGCUGGAGGCCGCCGCCGAGGGGAAGGAGUUGCUGUUGUUGCCCCCGCCCCAGGACGCAGUCUCCCCUGCGGCCGCCAGCGGCCCCAUGUUCGCCGAGAGGAACCGCAGGACUCUGGCCUUUCGGGGGGGCGGCGGAGGGCUCCUCUCCGGCCCCUCCGCCGCUAACAAUGGCUGCGAGGCCCCUGCCUGGCCGCGGAGGCACUUCAAUGGGCGGGGGGCGGACGAGGAGCUGGAGCUGGAGGGUGCCGAAGGCCUGGAGCCCGAGGGCCUGCUGGAGGGCAAGGAGCUGGUCCAGGACGGGGGCUCCCUGAGCGACAGCAGUGACGACGAAGAGGACGGCGAGGGGGGCAGCCUGGGCGAUGGCAGCGGCGCCGAGGGCGGCAGCUGUAGCAGCAGCAGGCGGUCUGGAGGCGAUGGGGGGGACGAGGCGGAGGGCAGCAGCGUGGGCGCGGGGGAGGGGGAGAGCAUCAAGCAUUUCCCGCUAGCGGCCAGGCCCAAGUCCCUGCUGCAGAAGCUGCACGUCUCCUUCCAGGGCUCCUGGCUCAAGGAGUUCCCAUGGCUGCACUACUGCCAGGAGACCGGCCUCAUGUCCUGCGCCUGGUGCACCGCCGCCGCCUCCGCCCCCACCGACAUCAGCAUGGCUGGGGGAGGCGGCGUAGGGGGGCACGACGAGCUCUGCAAGGGCACCCGCAACUACAAACGAGCUCUGCUUCUCAGACACCACCUCUCCGCCGAGCACCGCCUCAACGAACCGGUCACUGCAGAGCAGGAGUCAGAAAUAACGUCGGAAUUGACUAAUGAGGGGUACUGCGACUACAACAGUAGGCCAAAUGAGAACUCUUAUUGCUAUCAGCUGCUGCAAGAACUAAAUGAACAGAGGAAGAAAGGCAUUCUUUGUGAUGUCAAUAUUGUGGUGAGUGGGAGGGUCUUCAGAGCUCAUAAGAACAUCCUAGUUGCCGGCAGCCGUUUCUUUAAGACUCUGUACUGCUUUACAAACAAAGAAAGCCGUAACCAAACCACUGUUACCUAUUUAGAUGUUGUUGCUGUUCAAGGUUUUUCUGUCAUAUUGGACUUCUUAUAUUCUGGUAACCUUGUCCUUACAAGCCAAAAUGCCAUUGAAGUGAUGUCAGUGGCCAGCUAUCUUCAAAUGACUGAGGUUGUCCAGUCCUGUCGCAAUUUCAUUAAAGAUGCCUUAAAUAUAAGCAUUAAAUCAGAAGCUCCAGAGGCUGUAGUAGUGGAUUAUAACAGAAGAUCGGUUAGUCGGGAUGGUCUGCCUUCAUCAAGGGAUCAGAAAGUUGCCAGUUUCUGGGCAACACGGAAUCUUACUAACUUGGCAAGCAGUAUAAAAACUGAAAAUGAUGGUUACUGUAUUGAUGAGGGCCAAAUAGAAAACUAUCAAAUGAAUGACUGUAGUUGGGUCCAGGACAGCUCACCUGAAAUGGCUGAAAAUGAAUCUCAAGGUGAAGGAAAAGUGUUUGUGUGGAAUGACAUGGCCUCACAGGGACAAUCAGUUCAAGAACCAGGAAAAGCAAGAAGGAAAAACCAAACUACAAAGAGAUUUAUUUAUAAUAUACCACCUAAUAAUGAAGAGAAUUUAGAAGAUUGCUCUGUGAUGCAGCCGUCAGUCCCAUAUCCAGAAGAUUUGCAGUUUAUUAAGGAAGAACCAGGUACGUCAAAUGAUUUCAAGUAUGGACUGUUGCCGGGUACGUCAAAUGAUUUCAAGUAUGGACUGUUGCCGGGUACUUCAAAUGACUUCAAGUAUGGACUGUUGCCGGAAUCUUGGCCAAAAGAAGCUUGGGAAAAUGGUGAUUCAUCUGCUCUAAUCAUGAACAAACUGAAGUGUCCACACUGUAAUUAUGUAGCCAAGUACAGAAGAACACUAAAGAGACACUUGCUCAUUCAUACAGGGGUGAGAUCUUUUAGCUGUGACAUCUGUGGGAAGCUGUUUACUCGAAGAGAGCAUGUAAAAAGACAUUCCUUGGUGCAUAAAAAGGAUAAAAAGUACAAGUGUAUGGUGUGUAAGAAGAUCUUCAUGCUGGCAGCCAGUGUUGGAAUAAGACAUGGAUCUCGACGCUAUGGAGUUUGUGUAGACUGUGCAGAUAAAUCUCAACCAGGAGGGCAAGAGGGAGUAGACCAGGUGCAGGACACAGACUUCCCUAGGGAUGAAGAGUAUGAGGAAAAUGAAGUCGGAGAAGCGGAUGAAGAGUUAGUUGAUGAUGUAGAAGAACAAAAUGACCAGUCUCGAUGGGAUGAAUCUGGGGAAGUCUGUAUGCCUUUAGAUGACUGAGGGUGUACUCUUUAAGGAUGCUGCAGUUGGAUACUGUGGAUUGACAAUUUGAGUUCAUGGACUGAAGGCUUGCAAAAUAUGGUACAGGCUGGAUGGUAGUUAUGUUGCUGUGAAAACUGUAGGGUCAAAGCCUUAUAGCAAAAAAGGAUUAUUAAAUUUUUUAUAAUAUUUGCACAGGACUGUACAGCAUACAACCAUUUGGUUGAAUUAUACAGAGUCCUCACAUCUAGUCAGUUAUCAAAAGAAAAUGUAUUUUUUAUUAUUUAUAGGAUAUAGCUACUUGGGUCCUAUUCAGACAUGGUAACUGUACUUAUUAUGUUACACAUUCAUGUAUCCUUCAACAUGAAUGAAGAAAAUUACAAUCUUGUUAUGGAAAUACAUGACAGCUUCCCCAAAUCCAAUCAUAGUUUCAGCCAUAGAAGUGGCUCUUAUUUCCAAGAAUAGGGCUUUGCCACACCACUCUUGCCUCCCCAUUACCCUUAAUGGUCUAAACUCCUCAGUAACUUAAAUAUGCAGUAUAGGUAAUACCAACAUGCUAAUGAAAUCGACUUAUAUCAGUUGGCUUAAGCCAGCCUGUGGUGUAGGUGACAAGCACUGGAGAAGAUAUUGGCAUUAAUUUACUGACUUGAUUUCUUGAUGAUUUUGAAUUUGCAAGAAAGCUAUUUCUCUUUCAACAAAUGCAGAAUAAUCACACGGAAAAAAUGAUUGAUUAAUACUGGGUGGAUUGUGAUUCAAAUAUGAGUAACUUUUUUUUCUUGCCACUUAGCAAAUUUUAGUGUAUUAAAUUCUUUCUGGCAUUGCUGCCUGUUUUAGGUGUAUCUUUGUUGGCAGCAUUCCCUGUUGACCAUCUUUUUUCCUCCGGCGUAUACCUCAGUCCAACACAAAGCUUAAAGAAUCCCCAAAAUGGAGAAAGAGUGUCAUAGAAAUAGUAUAUGACAUCUGACUUUGUUAAUUUACAAUAAAUGCCUGCUUUUGGCUAGUUCUGUUAUGCAGUAUGAAUUAGACACUAGGCUGUUGUGCCCAUUGUUAUUCAUUAAAAUGAACACAAAU